UGUAAGACAUCGCCGAGGGCACCAAUCGCCAUUAGCUUCUCGAGAUAAGUGUCGCCGCUUGUCAACAGGUUUAAAAACGACACUGUCACUGUCAAAAUAUCACGUUUUUUACGCAUUUUAACAGCAAAUAACACCAGACGAAUAAGUCAUCUGUGUCCACAGAGUUGUUUAGAGGAUUUUCUAACGUCUCCACGUAGUGUCAUGUCUGUGGAAGCUCCGUGAAAACUGCGCUGCUGUGAAAGUGAAAUGAAAUGAAAGGGGAAGUGAAACUUUAGGCAGCUGCUGAGGCGUUUAGCUAAAAGAGCGACGAAGCAACAGAAGUUAAACUCUGAAGUUGUAAAGAACCCUGCUACAUCUCCAGGCUUGGAAAACAUGAAUUCAUCAGAGUGCGUUUAUUUCAUCAUAACAGAAAAACCUAAAACUCCCACCCACAUUAAGCUUGGAAGUAUAUGUUACAUGCGUGAGUACAGGUUUAGCUCAGAAGUCUCCAGGCGUAGUUCUCUUAAACGGUUAUCAGUAGAGUUCUUGGACUCGCCUUACAGUUUACCCUAUGACAUUGACAAAGCCUGCAUGCAGAAACUGAAUGCAGAUGAGGCCGACCUUCUGUUAGCCUGUCAGCCUGAAUUAGACAGGCUGAAAUUGUUCAGAAACACAGAUGCUGUUCAGACAGCCCUGACACUCACCGUGGGAACUGAAGUAAUGGUGGAAGAAGAUGGAGAGAAGCUGAGAGGCAUCAUCCGCUAUAUUGGACCGAUGAAUGAUCCAAACUAUUCGCAUCCCAUAACAGGGAGAUACUUUGGAGUCGAACUGCAGGGAGCGGACAAAGGGAAGGGAAGCACCAAUGGGACCUUUAGAUCUCAGAAAUGUUUCUCAUGUGAGAAGAACUGCGGUGUUUUCGCCCCUUUUUUCAGAGUGAGGCCUGUAGUUCCCACCUCUCAUUCUCCCUCCAUGUCGAUGCACCACACUCAACAAGAAACAGAAGGCAUAAUACCAGGAGACAGCGUCAUGUUCGUCAUUAAUGAUGGAUUUGGCUGUGGGAUGGUAGUAGACAUUCAGGAAGAGGCAGGAACACCUAUGGUGCGGAUCUCGACAGACAUGGAUGAGAAUGGAAAAAGAGGGGGAGAACUUAAACUUCCACUAUACAUGGUUACUAAAGGAGAAAUACCUUCAGGGUCUGAAACCAUGGACAUCGAUUCUCCACCAGUGGAAGAACACACUGAUCUGAGCAUUACUCUAAACUCGGUGGUGGAGGUGACUUUAGGUAAAGGGAACUCGUAUGGAAUUAUCCACUGGAUCGGAAGGCUACCCGACCGUGAAGAUGUCAUGGUUGGACUUGAGUUGGAGGAAGACCUUGGAGUGAGCGAUGGAACUUUUAAAGGAAUGCGUUAUUUCAUCUGUCCCCCGAGGAGAGCUUUGUUCGUGAAGCUGCAGUCCUGCCGCCCUGAUUCACGCUUCCAGAACAUAUCAGCCACAAACAAAAAGAUGUUAGAACUGGAUAAAAAAGAGGAGGAUGCGGAUAACAGCACAUGUAAGGUGGAAACUGUUCCUCCAAUCAGCACAGAGCAGGUUGACCAGCUUCUGAUUGGACGGAUGAAAGGGAUCCAAGGACACUGUAACUCCUGCUACAUGGAUGCUACUCUCUUUGGAUUGUUUUCCUGCUCCUCUGUGUUGGAUUCUAUGUUGUUUAAAUCAACAACUCCUCAGGAUGCUCCAAUCCAGAGAAUUUUGCUCCAUGAUAUUGUCAACCCUCUCCGCAGUAAGGGAUUUGUUCACGGGCGACACAUCAUGAAGUUUCGGGAGCAGCUGCAGGAUCACGGCUAUAGUCGCUCCUUCACCACUGAUGAGAAGGAUCCAGAGGAGUUCCUCCUCAUCGUGAUGCACCACAUCCUUGCUCUGGAGCCUCUGCUAAAACUAUCAGCUGCUGGUAAAGUCCAGGAGAGCUACUGCUAUCAGAUUUUCCUGGACCAGAACCACAGGCUGGUUCUGCCCACAGUCCAACAGCUGCUGGAACAUUCCUUUCACAGUGCAGGACUCAAAUUGGCAGAGGUACCUUCCUGCCUCAUCCUUCAGAUGCCUCGCUUUGGGAAGAAAUUCAAGAUGUUUGACAAAAUUAUUCCCUCGCUGGAGCUGGACAUCACCGACCUCCUCUCUGAGGGUCCUCAGCAGUGCGUUAUGUGUGGACACUUGGCGGUGGAAGAAUGUGCAGACUGUUUUCAAGAUUCAGUUUUCAGCACAAUGGGAUUUAAAGUUUUCUGCAAGACUUGUUCAGCUCAGGUGCACUCUCAUCCUCAGCGCAUCUCCCAUCAGCCUGCUACUCUGGUAAUCCCUAAAGGCUACCUUCACCGCAGCAUCCCUCACUCGCUGACCAGAGACCGCCUGGAGCUGUUCGCCGUGCUCUGCAUCGAGACAAGCCACUACGUGUCUUUUGUCAAACACGGACCAAACAGUGAGGACUGGAUCUUCUUCGACAGCAUGGCCGAUAGAGAAGGAGAAACAGAUGGCUUCAACAUCCCGGAGGUGCGCGCCUGCCCCGAGGUUGGCACGUACCUGAAAAUGUCACCUGCCGAGCUGGCCAAUCAGGUGCCGCGGGACAUGAAAGGCGUGGCCAAGCGUCUCUUCUGCGACGCUUACAUGUACUUAUACCAGAGCAUGAGCAUGUGUCUCUAUCGCUGAGCGGACACAUCACUACUUCCGGGAAUCCUGUUGCUGUACAGCUUAAUUUUUACAUUACUAUGUGUGGAAAUUAACACAAAGUUGUUUUUUUUUGAAUAUUUAAAAACAAAAAAGAAUUCCUAUAAAUAGUUUAUGUUCCAAUAGUGGGAAAAGGUUUUCAGGCUUGAAUGAUUUAUAGUGAUUUUGUUUUACUUUUGUUAUAUGAAUGAAGGACAAACUGACAUGAAUUUCUGAUGUAAUUUUGAACCAAAGAAGAAUAACUCGGUGUGUAACAAACAAAAGACUAGUUGAUCAGGAAUAUUUGAAUUUAUUAUUGAUCCUCUGAUGCCAUUCUGUUAUGUUCAGGAGUUGAUGUUAUGAUUGGUAGAAUUUAGCCUAAAAUUAUUAUUCAAAGAGACAAAAGCAAUUCUAAACUUUUCACAACAGCUGUUUAUACAGAAUAUAGGACAGUAAAUUAUGUUAACUUUUCUCAUUAACUAUUGGACCUUUAUAAAUAAACGUGUCAAUACAGUAUUUAAUUUAUGAAAAAGAUAUGUUCCUUUUUAUUCCUUUUUUUAUUUUUUUUUUCUGAUUUACUGAGUAAUGUUAUAUUUGGUGUAACGGUACCAUGUGGAAUAUAACAAAAUUGGGAAAACUGCACUUAGAAUGGCUGCUAGGAGUUUUAUGGUGACCUUUUCUAUCCAUGUUAAUUGACUCUUAUUGCUAUAUAUAUAAAACAAUGAACCUGAUGAAAUAAAUACACAUAUCUAAAAGGA